UGUUUUGUUGAGGAAGAGGGGGAGGAAGAACCCCCACCCUUAAACAGGAUCAUGGACGGAGGACAAACCAAUUUACAUGUCUCCCUGUUAUCUUGCUAAACUAAUAAAAGAGGUGUCCUGUGGCUGAAGGAUGGCAGGGAUAAGGAAGAGAGGCUGGAAUUUGGCAAGGCAACCUGAGACUCCCAAGGAAGACAGCCAUCGUGUGUGAGAGAGAGAAAGCAUCGCGCCUCAACAGCUCUCUUCCCCUCUGGUUUGAAUCUAACGUGGGUGGCUCACGAGGAAUCUCUCUGUAGCAGCCUUCCUCAAGUUCAACUUCGUGCGGCAAGUUCGGACCCGGCGCCCCUCCAGGUCGGGGUACGUUGGACAGCUCCCUCUCUGGCGCUCGGUUGCGGGAGAGCGCGGGACGCGGGCGGGCGGGCAGUUCAGCACCAGGUAUCUUUGGACAGCUCCCGCCGGCCUUCCUGCAGACACCCCGCCUCCCUGCCGCUUCUUAUCUAUUACUCACGCUUCAGAAAGUGAUCCGCGUGCAUUCUCAGCAGCGCUGCAGCGGCGGAAGCUGGCAAAAGGCACCCCCCUCUCCUUCGUUCGAGGUGGGUCCCCAUCUCUGGCUUCUUCCCCUGCGGGAUCACUUUUGGAAAUAUGGACCUGAAAAAACAAGGGAUCCUCAUCCUCAGUCCAGGAAUCCCGGGGCUGCUUCUGUUUUUCUAUGCUCUCGCGGGCAGCAUCGCAGAACAAGAAGUGGAGAAUCUCUCCGGCCUCUCUCCUGACCCCGAAAAGGGGAUUUUUGUCGUCCGUGAAAACGGCACAACUUGCCUCAUGGCGGAAUUCGCGGCGAAGUUAAUUGUCCCCUAUGACGUGUCGGCCAGCAAUUAUGUGGACACGAUCAAGGAGUACGCCUAUAUCCCGCUUUCUCGGGGAGCCGAAGAGCGAGGGAAAUGCGGCAGCAACGAAUCCGAGCUCCACCUGACGUGGAUGGACAAAGCCUACACCCUCCGCCUUUACUUCGUGAAGGAGAGCCGCAACACGAGCCGAGGGCCCGAGGCCUGGUGGAAGAUGAACAAAGUCCAGUUUUCUUACGACACCUCGGAAGGCACCUACUUCAAAGGGCCCGUCAACCCUGGAAGGCACACUGUCACGACGCAUCACCUUUCAGUUUUAGUCACCCCAGCUGGGAAGUCUUAUGAAUGUCAAGCUCAGCAGACCAUCACCUUGCCCUCCAGUGACCAUCAAAAAUCGGUAGAACUCUUGCUGUCAGAGGUCCGCCUCCAGCCCUUUGACAUCACCUCUGACUUUGUCUUUAGUGAAGAACAUAAAUGUCCAGUGGAUGAAAGAGAACAGUUAGAAGAAACCCUUCCUCUUGUCUUGGGCUUGAUACUGGGACUAGUUAUUGUGAUAACCCUUGCUGUUUACCAUCUCCAUCUCAAACUGACAGCAAAUCAAGUCCAAAUUCCACGGGACAGAUCUGAGUAUAAACAUAUGGGAUAGCUGGCAAAGUAACCAGGCCAAUGGAAACACAGCACUUUUUCUAUAGGUCAGGGGCUCCGAUAUGGGGAAACGAUUGACUGUAUAAUGACCAAAUGAAAAGGGCAGGGGUGGGUGGGGUAGGGUGGAAAAGCAGCCAUUUCUUCAAAAUUCAAUACUUAGAGAAGAAAGGGGCAGCCCUUUCUGCCUCAAAGAGCCAUCAAUGCAAAUGUUCCAUUUUCCUUCAUUUGCUGGAGCCAUUUGUGGACUGACACAAGAAAUCGGGAAGACUUCUGCUUUGCUCUUAGAAUAUGUGUAAAUGCUACUGCUGCAGCCCUCCAGAUGUUGUUGUACUACAGGACCCAUCACUCCUAAACAUUGGUCAUGCUGGUUGGGACUGAUGGGAAUUGAAGUCUGAUGACAUUUGGGAAGCCAGAUUUCCAAUCCAGAGACUCAUGAGCAGACAUGUGCUCAGUGAAGUAGAGGGAAACAUUUUCUGCUGAUUUCCCUUCCCCUGACUGUGCAAGACAUUGCAUCUGCCCUAAAGCCAUCUUGGAAUGGUUGAAAUGCAGCCUUGCUUACUUCCAGAAGAGGUUGUGAGCUUGGCUGCAAGGGGCAGGAAAAUGUGCCUGAAAUCCCCUCUCCCCCUUCCAUGAACCUGCAUUGGUUUACAGCCUCCUCCUGGAAUGAACAGAUUUUUUCCAUUCAUGGCAGAGCAGCUCUGGAUUCAACUCAACAUUCUCUCUUCCCAAAGCUCCAAAUGCAUUUCUACAUAAAACAAGGGAAGAGUAAGGGCAAGGAAUGCCAAAUUCCAACCCGCAUGCCAUGAAUUCUCCAGCUACCUUGCUCUGCCAGAAGGCAAAGUGAGGAAGCUGCCCUGGAUAGAGGUGAUCCAUUGGGGAAGCAGAGGUGGGUUCCAGAACUUCACACAUUCUCCUCAGGUGGGAUGGGGAUUAUGUUCCUGUACUGAAGCUGAAUACGGCUCAAUGGCCAGGUCAGCUUCUGUAUGUGGAAUGGAUGAACAAAUUCUGGUCUUCUACAUCCUGCAACAAAAUAUCUUGGGCUGGCCCCAGAUCUUGGGAAAGACGCCAUUUGGUGAGGCCUGCCAACCAUAUCCAGUUCACUUAGCAGUUCUUCGGUGUCCUCACAGUAUCACUUCAGCUCAUCUCGAUAUCUCUUUGGAUCAGGUAAAAAAAAUUAUCUGUGGUUUUAGCUUGAAAUAGAUUUGCUUUUUUUGUUUGCUUCUUAGGAAUGCUUUAGCACUGAACAACGGAAUGAUUGUUGCUGCUCAGAAAAUAAAAGAGUGCCAUGCUAUUGUAAGGCAAGUAAGAAUCGCUUCUGGGCUGGGCACUUUGCAUGUUUUGUGACUGAAAAAUGCCUACUGCUAUACAAUGAUUUCACAUGAUGGCAACAACAAAAUGUUCAUAUUACUAUGCAGAUAUCUUCAGGUGUUAUAAAUAUAUUUGUGUAAAUAUAUAUAUGGAAAAAACCCAAUAAAUCCUAAAGGACGUUGCUUAAGGCAGAGUAUUUUUAAACUG